AUGGCCGUUAAAAGUUUGGCUGCUUGUGGAACGGCGCUUGACAUCCCGUCCUCAGACACCCCUUUUCGCUAUGGCGAAAAGUGGAAGCAACUUAUUAAUAACAAGCACAAUCUUGAGCGAGCACUGACCAGGCCUUAUAUAUGCUCCAGGUCGACUGUACGAUUCGUAUUCUCUCAGAGGCUCGGGCGUUAUGUGAAACAGUGUCAGCUAGCAGCCUUGGAAGAGAAGGUAUGGGAAUGGAGCAAGGAGCAGCCGGUGAUAUGGAACGUCGGAAUUGGAGCUGCAGCGUCCUUUGUGCCCACUCUCACCAGGCUCUUGUUCGAGCGCACCAAGGACAUCUACGGUCCCUACGACCACAUUAUGCAUGUGAAGCUGCCACCACCCGCCGCGGCUGCAAGCAGCAGUGCAGCCCAGGAGCAUCGGUUGGCGUUUGAGGUCCUCACAGAAAUGCUGACGCCUGAGGGCAACAAGCAGCUUCUUCACGAGCUCAAGCAACUUGCCGCAGAAGAGAGCUACUUUGGGUACGGCCAACCCUCUGACAGCCUGAUGCUCCAGGCCUUUGGACGGCGGUACAUUGACUUGUUUGUAUCAGAUCCAGAUCCAUCCGUACGGUGGAAUGACCCUAUCUAUUAUCGUCGUCCUGAUGUUUCCCCAAUACUAAGGAGGGUCUGGGAAGCAGUGGAAGGGAAGAGGCACCUGCUGCUCGUAGAAAACCUGCAUGCUCCCGUCUCAUUGGACAGGUUGGUUUUCAUAGUGGGCGAGCGGUGGCCAUCUAUAUUCAAAAACCGGCGGUGGCUCAUCUCAACCACUUCCAAGCAUGUCUGUGAGAAAAGCAGAGUAAGAAGCAUCGUUCCAGCUUCAGGUCCAGAGCAGGGGUUUUCUCAUUUAACUCGGAAAUAUUACUCCGCACCACCUUUUGAUGAUCUUCGCGGGCGAGAUUGGGCUGUGUUGAUUAAUGAGGCCUUACAGGAUGCAGCCAGAUCCAUUUAUAUGCAACUCCAGGACAACGGAUACCCUGUGCAAUUCUGGCUCCACGUAGCUCAGCACUGCUUGUAUUAUGGUAUCCUGUACCAUCCACUGCAAGAGGCUGCUGGAAGUAAUGCAAGCAACGCCUCCUCUAUUACCUCGGAUGAGCUGGUUCGCUGCUGGGUGGCUGAGGACCUGCUUUUCUCAACAGCAACCUCCACCAAUACACCAGCAGCCACCAGCCAGAAACAGAGCAACUACUACAGGUCUGCAUAUGAAGCUGGAAAGAUCGUGAUUCAAGCCUUGCAGGAAUAUUCGUUACUGCCAAUCUACUCUGAUGUUUCUACCUUAGCAGGAAGCACUUCAUCAUGUGAGGAAACUACUUCUGUGCCAUCAUCCUCCCAGGAUGCCGUCACUGGUGUGUCAAAGUUAGCUGAGUUUGUCCCACGCCUCAAAAAAGAUGAACUCAAUACUCUUGUGAAGAACAAUGGUCUAAGAUGGGUCUCAUAUAUGAAAGACCAUGGUAGGCAUGUAAGCUGGAACUGGACAUGGAGGGAAACCGAAGGACAUGUAACGAUGACAACCCUUAUUAUGAGGGGCUGUUCAAAUGUGUCAGUCUUUCCUUUUGAUAAAUUUCUCACCCCACACCUCCGUGUCCUUGAUUUGUCCUAUACACCUAUAAAUUCACUUCCUCCUUCAUUUUCCAAACUACUCAAUCUCUACUUGCUUUCGCUCAGAGGCUGCUCUCAGCUGGAGAUCUUGUCUACACCAACACCUAAUUCGGACAAACAAACAUCGACACUAGCUCAUCUUGAAAAACUUGAAGCCCUUGAUAUGAAUGGGGUUCCCUUGCUUGAGCUUACCCAGCAAGAUUGCGGCAACAAGAGCAAUCUGCACUACCUUGACCUAUCAGGCUCAAAGUUCACCACCCUUCCUUCUGAAUUCUUCUGUGAGAUGUCAAGCCUCGAGGACCUCAUUUUCGGUAACUGCACCAAUCUCAUAGAGUUACCUCCUUCCAUGGCUCAACUGUCAAAUCUGUUGGUUCUUCAUGUCGAGGGGACUCAGAUUACCUCUUUUCCACGGCAAAUUUUCCAAAACAUGCAAAUCCUGCAUACACUCAAGCUAAUCAGCAACAUCCUAUUGAUGUCACUACCAGUGUCCCUGUCUGAAGCCAAGGGCCUCAAAGAGCUACAUAUCUCGAACUGCAUUAGCUUACCGCUUCAGAUUGUCUGGGAACUAUUACCAUUCCUUGAAAGUCUUUAUAUACAAACAUGGGAGGCACUGGAAGAUAUCAAGAUCCUUAGGCAUCCUAAUCUGAGAACCUUCUCACUCUCUGGACCAUGGGUUAGGUGCUUGUCCUUGUAUGGGUGCAGCAAGCUCAAAUCUGUGAACUUUAGUGAUGAUCUUACAGCAUUGGAGGGUGUUGAUCUUUCUGGAACUGCUAUUCAGGAGGUCCCUCACAAUCUCCCAAAUCUACCACACCUCAACAUGUUAAUUCUUCUGGGUGUACCAUGUUCCAUGAGAUUUCCAUGGCAUAUUUUGGUCCGGUUUCCUAAGGUUUUCUAUUUGGUUCACUGUGCAAAUGAUUAUAAUCAAAUUCCAAACAUGUUUUGCCAGCAGAAACUAACUUAUGGAGAUGAAAAUCAGCACAAAGAGGAAACUACCAAUACAGCUCAUAUCAAAAUAGAUGACCCCAGAAUGUUUUAUAGCUUCAACGCAUAUGCUGCUUACAAGUUAGUUAUGAAAGGACACUUUCUUCAGUCAUUCAAUGUUCAGGUUAAACCAUGCAGUGUGACAGGCAAGAAACCACGGAACAAUGAACUUGAGUUAUCUACCAGGAUCCAGAGGUGUUCGACUUACAGUGAUGUUCAGUACUCAGAGGUAGCUAGCAUUAUGCCCAUGAUGAUGCUUCAGCCAAAACAACGUCAUGUUGAGAUUUCAGCUAAGAAUCAGUACCCAAAUGGCUUAAGGCAUAUUCUCUCUGUCACAAACUCAAUAUUCAUCACAGAUGACGCUUUUGUUGGAUGCCUUACAGACCUCAAUUACAGUCUCAAUGAGCUAGAAGAAUGCAAGCUCCAGCGCUGCCAUCAAAUGACAGUAGUAUUUCUAGUGCGUUCAUAUGGUUCAGUACCACACUUACAGAUUCUGCAGGUCUUCGAUCUGAAUAACCUGCUAAGUUUGGUCGAGCCAAGUGAUAUAUCAUAUUCUAAGUUGAUUACUCUGAAACUACUAAAGCACAUUCACCUGGAGCACUGCCCACGGCUGGAGAAAUUGUUCCCAUGCAGUUUAUCAUUACCUGCUCUGGAGACUCUGGUCAUUCUCUUCUGCUCCAACCUCAAGACAAUUUUCUACAAACAACCUCUUUAUGAGGUAGCACGUUCUCCACUCCCAAACAUCAAAAGGAUCUACCUCCAAGAGCUGCCACAACUGCAGCACAUCUAUGACGAUGUCAUGUUUCGAUUUGAGACGCCAAAUUGGGAGAAGCUUUUUGUCCGGGGCUGCCGAUCCUUUCGACGCCUCCCACUCUUGAAGAAGGAAUAUCCGAAGUCAAAGGUGGAGGUGAGUGGAGAGCGUGAGUGGUGGGACAGGCUGCAGUUGAAGCUGCCAGAGCAGAGUCACUGCUACUUGCAUGUGGCGCCACCAGAGUUUGUAUCACGCAAGAAACAUAUCAUUGAAAGCUACCUCAGGUGA